CAACUAGUACCCGGCUUACAGCCAAGUCGGCCUUUAUUUACAUUUCGAUGUCUUUUAACUGAGAAAAAAAUACUGCAGUGACAAAAAUACACAGAAGCACAAUGUCGGAAAAUGCUGAAGAUAUUAUAAGUAAACAGCAAGCAGUUUUGGAUGAUUAUUUUAGUUUACUCGGUAAUUUUGCAUUUGACAAAGCUAAGGAAUUUUUGGAAAAAGAGCGUGAAGCUGCAGUAAAAAAUCACAGUGUUGCACCUUUCUUUAGUUCAGCUCUGUCUGCAUUUGCUCAGUUAGCUACUGCUGAAAAGAAUUAUGCCAACUUGGUUUUUCUAGGACCAAAAGGUUUCUUAAGAAAAGAUAGUUCUCUUAAGUCCAUGUAUGAAAGUCUUUUAAAUGAAUUUCAACGACUUGAGGAAAAGCAUUACAUUACUCCUGUCUCUACUCCAACAAUGUCUCCUACAUCUUCUUGUCGCACCCCUUCCCCUCCAACUGCUCUGCCUUCCCCCUCUCCAAUCAGUGCCUGCAGUGAAGUUUCUGGUUCUGUUCCAAGUUCCAUUAGCAUUGGAAGUUCUGUGAGGGGCAGCAUACAAUCGUAUUUGGGUGAAGACAUUCUGGAAAAUCUAGCUAGCCAUUUGUGUGGUCAACUGUUGACUUAUGUACGGGCUCGAUUGAAGACUAUGGAAUUCUAUGAAAAAAUGUUUUCUAUGAGUUCAACACGCUUUAUGAAGUAUGAUAUUUUAUUAAAUGGCAUCACAGAGAUUGUCAAAUCUAAUGCAAAGCUUUUCCAUCAUCCUAUGUUGUCUUCAGUAAAACAAUCAUUUAGCUUUGAGUGUGAAAUAUUAAUGAAGUUACUUGAAGCUGAAAUAAAUAUGCAAAAUUGGAGAUUUCUUCCCUCUUUACUCUGCUUGCAUGAUGCCCAUUCAAAAUUAGGGGCUUGGCUUUCUAUGCCAAAAGAGAUAAAGAAAUUUUCAUCAACCUCUUUCAGAACACCUACUGUCCCACCCAUUUACAACUGGCUUAAAACAUUAAAAUCAGCUCUUGUCUCAAAGUUUGCUUUAUAUUUCCAUGAAAUCUUAAGCAAGCAAACAACACCUAUAGAUAUGAAGACUUUUUGUUCCAAAGCAUCAGUUGACUAUUUCUCAAGAAUAGUAACUUUUCAGAAGAAAUAUGAUGCUUCAUGCGUGGCCAUUGUUUUGGACACAAAUGGAUUAGAUGACUAUAGAGGCCAUGGAUAUAAUUGCCCAGAAAAACAUUAUGAAUCUCCUAAAGGAUUGGAUUCUUUUCCUCCUAUUAUAUCUUAUCCAUCAAAUGUUUUUACUCAAGAAAAACACUUAUCACAUUGGCCAAGCGUAGUAAUGAUCAUGAAUAAUAAAGAACAAGAAAUAAGGAACACCGACACAGCAGUACUAUUUUAUGAUAAGAGAAUGAAUGCAACUUAUUUCAUGUCAAAAAUUGAAUGCCGAAUGACUCUAGUAGUGAUUUUUGAAAUCAAGAAAACAGAGAGAGAUACACACAUUCAUCGUUUUAUGCAUUCACUUUGCUCACAGCUCAGAGGCAAUAAAAUAUUUGCAAGUUUGAAGCCUGGAUCAAAAUAAUUCAUUAGUUUUUUUU